CUUGCACCACACGUCUUUCGUUUCUGGUCGACGAUAAAUGUGAUUAUCAACACCGUAGUUAUUGGAGCAUAUGCAGUUAUUAUCGUACUUGUUCGCAUUAAAGGAGAAUCGGCGACUUUCCGCGAGAGCCAAAAAGCAAUUCGGAGUCUCAAGGUCAUCGUUAUCAUUUUUGUUUUCUCGUGGUACAUGGCGAUCCUAGGAGUAAAUUUCGGCUAUGUCCUUGGGUUAUCACCCGGUCUGCUGGCCAUAUAUCAAAGCAAUAUGGUAUUCUUCGCCUUGCUGUGCUACUCACAAACCUUCUACGUGUGUAUCUGGCGUUCCUCUGAAUACAGGACGGCCUUCAAAGGAACAGCUGUACUUAAUGAUUUGCCGAAAACGUAA